AUGGGCGACAACAAUCCUCACUCGAGGAAUCCUCUGAACCAACAUCGAGAGCCAGGGGCUAUCCGGACCGCCUUGCCAUCUCGCCCGAUGUCGUCGACCCCGACGGCUCAUUUCGUGGGCGGCCCCUCCGAUCGUACGAACCAAACGAAAUCUACCAGUGUCUCGCCUUCGUCUCAAGACGUUUCGAUGCUUGAUGUCUCCUCGUACCAAUCGCAUAGCCCGAAUACACCGUCUGCAACCCUUGCCCCCAAAGCAAGCCCUCCCGCCGUGUCUAGCUCUCAUGGCGGUCAAGUCUGCAGCAAUUGUGGAACCACACGGACGCCUCUUUGGAGAAGAUCCCCCCAGGGCGCAACGAUCUGUAAUGCCUGUGGCUUAUACUUGAAGGCACGGAAUGCCGCCCGGCCCACUGGAUUGAAGAAGCCACCAAGCGUCAUACAAGAAUCGACCCCUCGCCCGUCAUCGCAGCCUACAUCUAUUGCCCCUGCACCGAAGGCAGGUCAGGGCGUGCCCGGUGCCACCUACGUGACUGCCGAACAGACUCCGACUGGGACAUGCCCCGGUGGUGGCCGUUGUAAUGGAACUGGUGGAGCCGAAGGCUGCCAUGGCUGCCCAGCCUUCAACAACAGACUUUCAAAGAGCGCCAAUCUGACCGUUAAACAAAGAUCCGGGGGGUGUGGAGGACGUGAUCAAGGUGCUUCAAACACUCCGCAACCGAUUGAUGUGAAUGCUUUGCAGACUCAGUCGCAAGCACAGUCACAAGGCCAGUCGCAAAACCAAGCCCAAAAUCCUGACACCACAGUUGUCAUUGCCUGCCAGAAUUGUGGUACCACUGUGACACCCUUAUGGAGGCGAGACGAAGGCGGACACACGAUCUGCAAUGCUUGUGGCCUCUACUAUAAACUACAUGGCGUCCAUCGUCCAGUUACAAUGAAGAAAGCUACCAUUAAGCGCAGAAAGAGAGUUAUUCCAGCAAGCCAGGAUGAGGAAAUGGAUGAUAUGACGGAAUCGAGUGACGGUCAUCGCUAUGAGAAAACACCCGAGCGAGGUACGAUAAACGACGAUGGCUCCAUCAAUCUCGGAAUGCGUAGACCUGCUAGUCUGCCCGUGGCUAUUGAACCUCGACCUGCUAUUCAUUCGAGCCGGCAGCCGUCUCCUAUGUCAACUGCUUCGGAUCUGGCUUCGUAUCAUCAACAAUCACUCCGCCCCCGGCAAUCUCCCCAAAUAUUCAACGACGAUAACCGGCUACCGCCACUGGCAUCAAUGCAUACGGUUGUUGAUAGGCGAGCCUCGGUAUCGCCGGCAUCCUUUCUACCCUCGGCGAGGAAACGUUCCUUUUCAUCUGCGGAGGUGGAAAGUAAAUACCAGGAUGAUGGAGAGGUGGACAAUCCGAAACGACUCUCUUCUAUCAAAUCGAUUUUGAAUCCCGGACCUGGCCACGAUGACCGAAACGAUUACUCGUUACCCCCGCUCCGAUCGCCUGGACCGAAGCUUACUCCACAGCCUAGCCCCAGCAUAUUUUCGACAAGAGACGGUACACCAACACAUUCAGAUAUUCAUGACGAGAUUGAAAAUUCUAAAGCUGACCGCCGAGCAGCUUUGCAACGAGAAGCCGAACAAAUGCGAGAGAUGUUGGCGGCCAAGGAGCGUGAGCUAAUGGCCUUGGGACACGAAUGA